AUGUACCUUUUGAUUGCCCUUCUCAUUUUGUACAUCAUUUGCGACGUCAAUUAUUUCUUGCGUACUUACUUUACAAUAAUAAGCGGUCGAAUAUUUGAGAAGAUAAUUUCUUUAAAUGCCUCAUCUUCAAUAUACGGUAUUUGUACUUUCCAAGACUGCGAUGUGUGCUUCAGACAUCUUCGCUUAGCUAGAUUGCUCCGUGAGAUUGAUUUUGCUCGUUAUCAUUUUUACGACCGCACUGGAAUCUAUGAGCGAAGCCUACAACUAAGAAUAAAAUCCUUGCAAGGCUGUACCCUUUCCUCCAUGGUUGAGCCCGUGGGAUUGCUACAAAUUUAUAAAAUAACGACCAAGUUAGUCUACUGGGAUGACUGUUCAUUAUUUCUUCAACACGAUGUAGUCACAUUAUUCGACGGAAAAUUAAGAUAUGUGAUAGUUUCUCGUCAGCAUGCUAUCGGGAAGAAUGGAAAUUCUACGGAGGUUUUAUUGAAAGGACUAACUGGUUCCGAAAAUAAACCUUUUUGUCCGGAAUAUAUGAAAAGCUGGUUUCGCGGUAUGGAAAUAUCCAGUGCAAAGUUAAGAAAAAAAUAA